AAGUUUGACUGCUUUGGCUUGCGGACGUGCGUUCACCGUUCGUGCUGAGCCUCCUCCUCCCAAUCGAUAGCGACAUCGUUGCCGUUGUCAAUUCGAACGUAAACCGUUCGCGCCACGAACGUAAAUCCGUUUCCAGCCGAUUCCUAGCGAUCCACGGCCGACCCGAGAGACCGAGAAAACGCGCGAUCAGGACGUCGAAACGACCACCACAACAACAACAAAAACAACAAUGGAAGAAGACCAAAAUGGCGUCGUCGUCGGGCGGCCGCCGAACAGCGAUACCUGCGGAAUGAUCGUCAACCACGGCGGCGGGGACGACCGGACGACGGCGGCGGCGGCGGCUGCGGCUGCGGCACCGCCUACACCAGCGCUCCCGGCGGCAGCGGCCACAGCUUUCGGAGCCCCGGCGCGCCCAGCGCCGCGGUACGGCGCCCAUCACAACUGCAACAAUAACAAUUCGGUCAUCAAAGGGCAGCAGCACCAGUUAAAGGGUCCUGGUAAUCUAGAUCACAGAAAUAGACGUACGCGUCGCGGUAAACGUAAAAGCAGAAAGCAAACACCAUACACAAAGGAUGGGAUGUUGUUUCGAGACAAAGCUGUGGCUCCAAAUAACACUAAUCAGUUUUUAAUGGAUGAUCAUAAUGAUGGCCCAGAUAUAGAUAAAAAAUUAUUUGCAAGAUAUAAUAAUGAAAAUGGACGUACAAGAAAUUCAAGUUAUACUAGUCUCGAAUCUGAGGGUGAACAGAUGUAUUCUUCAUCGGACGAUGAUGGCACUUCAAUACAAAAGGAAUUUAUCGAAUCCUAUAGACUUGUUCAAGAAGAAGAAUUGGCUGGGUUGACUCAAAACGAACUUGUUCAACGAGUGAUUGAGCUCGAAGAAAAAGUUCAAUUGCUUGAGGCCAAUAAAAGGUAUAAAAAAAAUCCCGAUACAUAUUUAAAUGGCAUAGACGAUGAAGAAAAUUCUAUUGAUCUAGAAGAAUAUAAACUAAUGCAAAUACAGAAUAGAGAAUUGACAUCACAAAACAAAGUACUGCAAGCUGAAGUCGAAACUCUUAAACAAAAACAAACCAAGAUGAAUAAUGAUUCAGAUAGCUCUGUAGAUAGUGGAAGUUCAUCAGACUCCAGUAGCUCUUCUAGUUCAUCUGAUGGACAAGAAAUAGAAAUGAAGUUUUUACUACGGAGUAGUGGAAGAGAUGAUUGAUCAGUCAAGUACUAAAAUGUAAAUGCUUUUUCCUUGUAAAUAUUUAAGUAUAAAUAUAUAUAUAUAUAUAUUUUUUUUUUUUUAAGAACAGCUUCUGAUAACUGAUACUUUUUAUGUUAAUAAUAUUAAGUUCUACCCAUUUUCCAUAAAAUGAUCAUUUAGUUAUUUUUUGAAACUCAUUGUAUUUUAAUUUACCGGUAUGAUACAUAAUAUAUAUUUUAUUUUGUGUAAUUCCGGUAAUGAUCUCGAGUAUUAUAAAUAAUUUUUAUGCUGAAUGCUUUGGUUUUACCAUUAUAAAUCAUCAGAAUCAUAAACUCCUUUGAUUUUAUUAUAUAUGUAUAAUUUUUUUUUUAAAUAUAUAAUUCCAAAACAAUCCUUCAACAAUAAAUCGACUUUUUAAAACCUAUUAAAAACUUUAUGAAAUGUUAAAUUUCAAGAAAUCUAAUAUUUUGUACAGGUACAAUGUUGCGGUAUAAGUUGUACAUUUAUUUUAUUUAUUUUUUUAAUGUAAGAUUAAAAUAAAAAAAUUUUA